AUGACGAUUCAGGCCCUAAAAGAAGAGCUCCACGAGGAUCUUGAAGUCAAUCCUGAUGAGAUCGAGCUGCUCCUCGCGAAACGAGGAACGUGGCUCAAGUGCAGUUGGAGCGAGAUCAAGUGGCUGGAGCGAGGUAAUAUGCUCAGUUCAAUCACGGAGCUCCUGGUUGACGACAAGAAGAUGGACCCGCAGCGUAAAGUGGGGGGGGUCGGCUUCCGGGGCUUUGAGGAAAUCGAGCAAGACGAAAUCCACGUUCUCAUGAAGCUCCCAGAGCGCGUCGUGCAAGCCGAAUUGCGAUGGUUCGAGAAAGUUCGCCGCCUGCAAGAGGGUACGCACAGCAUUUGUAUAUAUGCACAAGCUCUAUCCUUUACUAACAUGAAUGUUGCGGCAGAAAAUGAGUGCGUCAAAGGCCAAUGCUGCGGUUUUGACGUUUUGUUCCUGCUGCCAUGGAAUUGGUUCUUCAGCCGACGACCCUCACAACCGCUUAGCAAUUAG